AUGAAGCAAGAGAGAUUAGAAAAUAUUUCGAAGCAAUCAAUCGAAGAACCGGCACUGAUGAGAAGAAUGAGCGCAUCAUCAGAAGGAGUUAAAAAUACACAGCCAGAAAUAAGUAAAAAUGACCUGAUGGAAACAUACAGAAGCGUGUCGGAAAUGCCAAAGAAGAAAAAAGGACCCAAAAUAUGGAACAUAUUCGAUUGGUCAUUUAAAAACGUAUCGUACGACCGAAUGAGCCCGGAAAAUAAAAGAUGGCUCGUAAUAUAUAAAGCAAUGUCAUACGUAGCAAUAGGAUUGCUGAUCAUAGCAUACUCGUUCUUCAUAGCACUGCUCUUCUCAUACCUAAUACACAUAGAACAGGGAGAGAUCGUGGACGAGGACCUGUUUGUACCAGUAAGCGAAAGCCUGCUGCACUCAAUAAGUACACUGUGGAAGCAAGAAGCAUACUUCGUAGUGCUGGUGGUGUUCAUAUUCUCAAUAUCACUGCCGUUCGUAAAAAUGAUAGCAACAAUACUGGCAUAUAUAAUAACGGCGAGACACAGAAAGAAGCAAAUUAAUCUUUUCUUCGGAAAAAGAGUAAAUAAAAGGUUAAACGCAAAAAUGUCGAAGCUGUAUUCAGCAUCAGAAGAAGAAGGAAACGGUUCAGGAGAGUCGGAUCUGUCGGACUAUAGCAUAUACGAGGACGGAAGACUGAUAAAGUACGCACGAGAAGUGCUGCUGAUCCUGAAGCUGAUAUCGAAGUUCCAAAUGGUGGACGUUAUCAUCCUGCUGGUAAACAUAGCGUUCCUGCGCUCAGCGUUCUCAUGGGCAAUGCCAGGAAGAGGACUGCUCUACCUGGUGGUGUACUGCCUUACCUCAAUCCUGGGAACGCAGCUGCUCAACCUAGCAGUGGAAGGAGAAAGAGAGAUAUUCGAGUACUGGAGAGCAGUGAGGUUGCUGUGUCUGCCAGUGCUGAGUAACUACUACUCAAGUUGCCUAGCAUCGCACGAGGAAAGAGAAAGCACAGAGAUCAUGAAGCAUAACAUAGAGUACAUGUCGUCGUCGAAGGCGAUCUCAGAUUACCAUAGGGACAUGGAAGAGAACAGGUCAGUAGAGUGCGAGAUGAGCUCGGGACUGGAGAACCUGAGCAAGAACCAAAUAGAAAGCAGAGCGUCGCUGAUGAACCUGAUGGGCAAAAACAGCCAGCUGGACAUUAUGAGCGACGGCACGAGCGAAGCAGACUUCUACGACAUCAUCUACUCCUCGAAGAAAAAGGACAUCAAGGUGCGCUGGUACAGAUGCGACAUGUUCGUGACGAUGCUGGUGCUGAUUAACCUGGUGAGCGCAGCACUUAUCCUGACAAACGAAAAACUGUUCGGAGUGGCCUUCACAGCAGACCCGACGAAAAAAAUGGGCAUGGACGGACACCAAAUGUCAUUCUUCGAAAUCAUGCUGGCACUGAGAGACUGCUGGUACUACCUGCCCUUCUUCGUCUUCUUCAUCCUGUCAGUGGUGGUGCCGAUGCUGUUCCACCUGCUCUUCCUGGCAGGACUGUUCCUCUACAACUUCGCAAUCAGCAACAAGGACUGUAACUCGAUAUCGAACUUUGACCCGGGAAAGCCGCUGAUAAACCCAGGGCACUGCCUGAACACGAACGUGAAGGUGACGAAGUUCAUAUUUAACACGUGCAACCUGCUCUCAGAGUGGUCUCUGGGAGAAGUGCUGGCACUGGGAAUGACAGCAGCGUUCGUGUCGCUGAAAACAGCGUACUGCGUGCGCUUCUACCUGCCGCCGAAAAAAAUAGCAUGCUCAUACACGCUUAUCGCGACAUUCGGAAUAACGUCACUCCUGCUUAACAUACAGUUCUUCAUGUGGCACAACAGGAUCCUGAACAGACUGUCAGACGUGACGAUGUACAUAGAGUCGAUCAACUCGUCGAAGACGGAGUCUGAUACGAGUUACGAAGGGAAGACGAACCUGGAGGCAAUGGAAAGCACAGUGCCGAAGCUGAAGGUGGCAGUGAGCGGAAACAGCCAGAACCUGAAGAGACUGGAGUCGUACAUAGAAGGAGGAAGCAACGAAGUUAUGUACGAGCAGGACCGAGGAGAAGAAGAAAAGAAGAAGAAAACGAGAAUUAAGAGAAUGAUGUUCAAGGCAAUAGACGUUAUCAGGCACAUUAUGUACUCGAAGUUCAUCAUCUCGAUCUUCUUCGGAGUAUUCUUCUUCGUAUCAGUGUACCUCUUCGUAUUCAGCUUCGUGACGAAGACGCCGCCAGCAGUGGUGAGCCAGGCGAAGGUGCAGGAGUUCCUGGACACAGGAGUGCCGGGAAUAUUCAAGGUCAUCAAGAAGAACCUGCCGGCGACGUACGGAGACUGCCUGAACGAAGCGAAGCCGCCGAACCCGUGCGUGGGAGACAAGCCAGCGUUCCUCUACGAGAAGGGCUACAGGCUGGAGGUGACGUGGGUGACGGGGAUCAACACGAUACAGCUGGUGGACUCGAGCUUCGUAGUGCGCGACGACAGCAGAAUACAGCUGAAGCUGCACCUGCUCUUCAAGUCGAUCAGGCCAAACAUAAAGCUGAGCCUGCCGAACCAGAACGUGGACAUCUUCUCGGGAGACAACCUGUGCUGCGGAGACGACAUACACGUGGUGGUGGUGAUCUCCUCAGAGUACGCACACACGUCGCCGUACCUGAGAGACGUGGUGCUGGAAAACUUCCAAAUCAGCAACCUGAAGCUGCUGGGCGUGGUCUCGCAAGUCAUCGACAAAAUCGUGGACCUGACGGACUUCCUGGAGUACAGAAUAGUCUACUACGGAAACGAGUACCUGAAGAAGCAGGAGCGCGUGCUGCGCUGGAGAGGACUCUACUUUAGCCCGCUGGAGUACUUCAACUUCCUGCUGGACCUGAACUACCCGGAAGGCCUUAUUUUUCCUAAAAAGGAGGCUCAGAGCAAGGAAAGCGGAGCGGAGGCGGGAGCCGACGCACAGAGUGUAAAACAGCAGCAAUAG